AUGAAGAAUCCAUGCACAUGGAGGCUGAUAAUUCUUGCCCAAUUGUUCUUCAUCAUCCAUGGUGGUUCUUUAUCUAAUUACACUCGAGGAAUUUUGCGGAAUGAAACUGAAGCUCUUGCUGUCUCACCCGUGAAGUUACUAGUAUAUCCUAAUGAGGUGAUAAUGUCUAACGGUAUAGUGAGCGUCACAUUUUCAAACCCUCAAGGCGAUGUUACAGCCAUUAGAUAUGGUAGAAUCGAAAAUAUACUAGAUACUCUUAACAAAGAGGACAAUAGAGGAUAUUGGGAUGUUGUUUGGAAUGGUGACGGUGAUGAGAAAUCUAUGUUUUAUGAUACUGAAGAAUCAAAUAUUGACAUUGAAGCAACACAUUCAGUACCAAUUGAUAGGGCUGAUGGUACACAUUUUAAGGUCAUUGUGCAAAAUGAAAACCAAGUAGGGAUUUCCUUUAGUAGGACAUGGAAAUUGAGCGGAGCUCCUUUAAACAUCGAUAAGAGAUUUAUUAUGCAUAGCGGAAGUUCUGGAUUCUAUGCCUACGGAAUAUUCGAGCGCAAAAACUAUUUCCCCGCGUCAAGGAUUGACCAGAUUAGGAUCGUAUUUAAGCUUAGGGAAGACUUGUUUGAUUACAUGGCCAUUUCGGAUGAAAUACAAAAGAUGUUUGUAAGCACUCAUUAUGCUGGAUUGCCUCUAGCCAUGUACUUUGAAAACAAAGAACCAUGGAAAAAGGUUUUUGGUCCUGUUUUUAUCUAUCUUAACUCCAAUAAGAAAACCUGGCCAAUGUGGGAGGAUGCAAAGUUACAGUGGUAUCAAUUUUGGACGAAAGCAGAUAAUAAAGGGAAUUUUGUUAUUAAAGGUGUUAGACCUGGAAAUUACAACUUAUUUGCUUGGGUCCCUGGAUUGAUUGGGGAUUACAAAUAUGAUUAUAUUGUUACCAUUUCACCAGAAUUUACAACACGGUUGAACCACCUUUUGUUCAAGCCUCCAAGAGUCGGAGUGACUUUAUGGGAGAUUGGUUAUCCAGAUCGUAGUUCUCAAGAAUUUUACAUACCUAAUUCUGAUCCAUUUAGACAAUACGGGCUAUGGUACCGAUAUAGUCAGAUAUAUCCUCGUCGAGAUCUUGUCUAUAUUGUCGGAUCGAGUGACCACACCAAACAUUGGUUAUUUGCUCAAGUUACAAUGUGCUAUAUUAAAAAUGUGUUUGAAGGAACCACGUGGCAAAUUGUGUUUCGACUAGAACACAUUGAGAAGGACGGGAUGUACACUCUUCAAUUGGCAAUAGCUGGGGCAUCUGUGGCUGAGUUGCAGGUGCGAGUGAAUAGAUAUGAAAAGCUGCCACUUUUCACAACCGGUUUAAUUGGAACAGAAAAUGUGAUUGCAAGACAUAAUGAUCAUGGACUAUAUAGGCUCUAUAGUAUUUCCUUUUGGGGAAGUCAAUUAUACACGGGAAAAAAUGUCAUUUAUCUAACACAAACUAGAGGAAGAACUCCAUUCAAUGGGCUCAUGUAUGAUUAUAUUCGUCUCGAAGCCCCUUCCAGGCGAUGA